GCCCUCGAUGGUCAACUGAUGCCAGGUUUCCCUCCAUUUUUUGUCUGAUUUUUUUUUUAUUGUAUUAUCAAUUAUCAAUAAAGGCAUUAUUUGCAUCGCGAAUGACUAGUUUAACCCGAUGACAACCGUUUUAGAUAACUUCCUACGAGCUGAGAAAAUCGGCGAGGGCACAUACGGCAUUGUGUACAAGGCGCACAGCAAUUUAACUGGUCAGGAUGUGGCGCUCAAAAAAAUCCGCCUGGAAGGUGAGGCUGAAGGCGUCCCUUCCACAGCGAUACGAGAGAUAUCCCUGCUGAAGAACCUGAAGCACCAGAAUGUGGUGCAGCUGUUUGACGUGGUUAUUUCUGGUAAUAAUCUAUACAUGAUAUUCGAGUACCUCAACAUGGACCUGAAGAAACUAAUGGACAAGAAGAAGGAUGUCUUUACACCGAAGUUGAUCAAAAGCUAUAUGCACCAGAUACUCGACGCCCUCUGCUUUUGUCACACCAAUCGCAUACUGCAUCGCGAUCUCAAGCCCCAGAAUCUACUCGUAGACACGGCGGGCAGAAUAAAGUUGGCAGAUUUUGGGCUGGCACGCGCCUUCAAUGUACCCAUGCGACCGUAUACCCACGAGGUGGUCACGCUGUGGUACCGAGCACCGGAGAUAUUGCUGGGAACCAAGUUCUACUCAACUGGAGUGGACAUCUGGAGCCUGGGCUGCAUUUUCUCCGAGAUGAUUAUGCGACGCUCAUUAUUUCCCGGGGACAGCGAGAUCGAUCAGCUGUAUCGUAUCUUUCGCACUUUGAGCACGCCCGACGAGACCACCUGGCCGGGUGUGACGCAGCUGCCGGACUUUAAGCCCAAGUUCCCCAAAUGGGAAGCGACCAAUGUGCCCGCACCCAUUCGCGAGCACGAGGCCAACGAUCUGAUAAUGUCGAUGCUGUGCUAUGACCCCAACAUACGCAUCUCCGCCAAGGACGCGCUUCAGCAUGCCUAUUUUCAGAAUGUGGAACAUGUGGAUCAUGUUGCGCUGCCAGUGGAUCCCAAUGCUGGCAGUGCAUCUCGUCUCAUGAAGCUCGUCUAAUUGUCACCAACCCCGGAUGAACCCUAGCUAAUUUCUUGUGAUCUGUUAGUAUAGUAAGUCCAACCGACUACCUCACCGCCACUUAUCCAUUAAUAUACAACUAGUGAAAUUACAUGUGAGUGUUGUCUUCCUUACAGCUGCCACCAUCAUAUCAUCCAUUCUUAACACACACAACAAAUCCGCUAAAUACACGUUCAUGCCCAUCAA